GAGGAGGCGGGGGACCUGGGCUCCGGGCUCGGGACUCAGAAGAGGAGCCGAGAAUUCCCCCCACUUCCCCACGCCUCGGAGGUCUCCCACUCAGUACCUUAUACCGAUGUUCUGACCGGUUUGGUGUUUGUCAUUAAAUGAAGAGGAAUUCGGGAAAGGAGGAACAGAGAGGGUCCCGGAGUUUCUUCAAGAACCGGCCGAGAGCCGUGGCUCCCGCGGGGUUACGCGAGAGCCUGAACGGAGUGAACGCGGACGCCGGGGCAGAGGCGCCGAGGGCAGUGCGGCUUUUGCGCUCGCCAAGCCGCGGGGUUUAAAUCUCCCGCCUUCCGCAGCCGGAGCCCGACACCUCCACGCUCUGGUGCGGAGGGGCACCGGCUGCGGGUGCGGCUCGGCAGCGGCGCAGGGCUCGCGAGCGGCGGCAGCGGUAACGGGCGCCGGGACCGACCUCCGAGCUGCCGAACGCGACCCGAGGCGGCGGAGGACCGGCGCGUCGCGGCUCCGGCGUCGAGUCACUCCAUGGAUUUUUUUGGGCAACCCAGACCAGAAGAUAACCAGUCAGUAGUCAGCAGAAUGCAAAAGAAAUACUGGAAAACCAAACAGGUCUUCAUCAAAGCAACCGGGAAAAAGGAGGAUGAGCACGUAGUGGCAUCUGAUGCUGAACUGGAUGCUAAACUUGAGGUUUUUCACUCCAUUCAAGAGACAUGCACUGAACUUCUGAAGAUAGUUGAGAAAUAUCAGCUAAAACUCAACGUUAUAUCGGAGGAAGAAAACGAACUAGGGCUCUUUUUAAAGUUCCAAGCAGAACGGGAUACAACUCAGGCUGGCAAAAUGAUGGAUGCCACUGGCAAGGCACUCUGUUCUUCAGCCAAGCAAAGAUUGGCUCUGUAUACUCCCCUGUCUCGUCUUAAGCAAGAAGUAGCAACAUUCAGUCAAAGGGCAGUAUCUGAUACCUUGAUGACUGUCAAUCGGAUGGAGCAGGCGCGCACAGAAUAUAGAGGAGCUCUGCUGUGGAUGAAAGACGUGUCCCAAGAACUGGACCCAGACACCUUAAAACAAAUGGAAAAGUUCCGAAAAGUACAGAUCCAAGUGAGAAAUAGCAAAGCUUCUUUUGACAAGUUAAAGAUGGAUGUUUGUCAGAAAGUGGAUUUACUUGGAGCUAGUCGCUGCAAUAUGUUGUCUCAUUCACUCGCUACCUACCAGAGGACACUGCUUGGAUUCUGGGAGAAAACAGCUCGAAUGAUGUCCCAAAUCCAUGGGACCUGUACUGGCUUUCAUCCGUGUGAUUUUGUAGCUCUCAAGCAACUACAAGGCACUCCAGUCAAGCUUACUGAAGACCACAAGGAAGAACGAAUAGAAGACAGUUCUCUCCCGGAAAACCUCAAUAAGUUAGUUUUCUCAGAUGAGGAAGUGAGCUUGGGAAGUGAACCAGCAACUGAAGAUCACAAGGAAAAACAUUCUGGAAUAAGAGAAUUUGGAGCACCUCAGUUUUCUAACUCUGAAAAUGUUGCGAAAGAUGUACCAGUAGAUUCAUUGGAAGAUGAUUUUGAGAAGGAAUUCUCAUUUCUGAACAGCCUCCUAAGUCCUGGUUGUUGGAGUGCUAGUGAAUUUUCCCAGGAAUGCCAGGCUGUCUUUGGGAGCCCCAAGGCCAGUCUUACAUCCCAGGAGCCUUCUGGGGGGUCUGAGCCUCUUGCUCACUCCUCAGGAUUCCUUCCUUCACAACUCUUCGACCUUGGCCUUCAUGCUGCUGGAGCUUUCAACAGCUGGGCCUCCCAAGGGGGAUUAGAACUUCCUCUUUCACACAUUGAUAACCAGUCAGUGCCUUCACAGAGUCCAAAGAAAUUAACAAAAUCUCCCAACAGUGGUAACCAAGACAUGUCAGCCUGGUUCAAUCUAUUUGCAGACUUGGAUCCGCUUUCAAACCCAGAUGCUAUUGGACACUCAGAUGAUGAACUUCUUAAUGCUUGACUGAAGUUAUGAUGCCACUUCGAUGGCCUUGAGACACCAAUUUUGCAACUUAACUGCCUUUGUGGAAAGGAGUUUAUGUUGUCACCCAUAUACGAAAACCUUGUGUUUGCAAGGUUAGACAGAUGGAAAGGACCACGUUUUAAUACAUUAUCUCUUUAAUAUCUUGGAUUUGCAGCUGUUGAUAAUAUAUGGAAAAUAUUAGAAACUAUUGAGUCUGAAAUACAUACCAAAAGUUAGUUCAAAAAUAACAGCUAGGAAUAAUUAUCAGUAGGAGUUGUGUUUAUCUGUUUGGAAAGCCUUUUAUGUAUAAGUUGCCUUGCUGGCUGUGAGAAUUCUGUAUCUAGAGAAAGGACAGCAUGUAAACUGGGUUGUGAUUGGGGGUUGGUUUUUAAAUAAAACGGUGGCAGGGGGAAUUCUCUGUUGUGGAAAAUAGCACUAGAACCAGACCAGUUUUUUCUUUAGUUAGAAAGGUAGAAUAAGAUUUGAGAACUCAAUUUGCUUCAGUGAAAUCACAGAGAAACUUGGUGCUUGUUUUCUCCACUUGGAAGCUAAAAUGUAAUAUUCCUUAGUUUUUUUCCUUCAUACAAAAUCAUGGACACCCCCCGAUUUCAUUAUUGAAUUUUCUUGGGGAAGUAGCAGGAUGAUUUAUUUGCUAAGAAGUCCAUCCUUUGCAUAAACAGAAAAACCUCUCUUCCCAUUUUAUAAACCACAAGAAUGUCCAUCCUCUGGUGGUACUUCAGACAUUGUCCAAGUGUCUUCAGGCUUGAUUCUUCACACAUUGCUACUACAAUGUACUGUAUUCAUAUGCUUCCUGAAAGAAAAUGAGGGGAGGAUACUCCCUGAGCAACUGGCAGUAGUGUUCCUGAAAUGACCCAGAAACUUCUAUCUGAAUGAGGAAAAAGAAUUCUAAUUAACUUACCCUCGUACAGAUUUGCAAUACUUACUACCCCCACAUUUCUUGACAUGAUUUAACCCAGAAUGCUUUCUGGCAAAGUUACAGAAAGCUCUAUACCAUCAGUAAGGGAGUGUUUUUCCACUUUUCUGUGGGUGACAUCAUCUGAGGCUCUAUUUGAUUACUAAGGACAAACUUACCCUUAAAAGGUUUAGAGUCUAAGUAUUGGAAGGAAGGCUAUUUAAUGAAGUUAGCAUAAGCUAAUGAAAACAUAGCCACUGUAUACACACAGUCACUCAGUUUCCUAUUCUUUUUUCCCAUCCACCCUUUAGUUCUGAGGCAGUUCACCAGGUGUCUUGUUUGUCAUCCAGUCCAUUGCAUCUGCAUAAGAAAACAUUUUAACUAAGACGUUCACAGUAGUUUUCAUUGUACUCCUAGUUCUAAACAGGCUUAAUUAUUAUUUACAAGAGAACUGCUUGUAAUCUCUGAGUCUCUGUAUACAGAAAAACAUUUUUUAGGAAUGGACUAGGGCAGAUAAAAUGCAGUCCACUUCCCAUCCACAACAGUCUGGCCUAACUACAGUCUGAACUGCCCACAAGCUAUUUAGAAAACCACAACUGUGGUCAAGUAGUGUGUAGGCUGGAAAGACCGUAUCUGAGGGUCAGAAACAUGGACUUAAGGUUAUGUAAAUCCUUCCUUAAAAUAUUUUCACACGCUUAUUCCUAUUUCUUUACUUGGUUAACCAUUAAGAAGCAUUUUGUAACUCUCCCUUUUUAUUCAGUUUAAUGCCCCAGAAUGCAAUACUGUCUUUGUUCCACCAAAAUUCAAUCACCAGGGGUUAUAAUUAUGAAUCACUAUCUAAAUUCUAUACCCAUGGUUGCUCUGUGCUUUCAACUUUGAAGUAUCUCAGAAAAUGUUAAUUUUAUGUCUUGCGUUUUUGCCAUUUUUCUUUCAUUUUCACUAAUGCAUUAGUUCAAAAAUAUUUGUAUCGCUUCCUCACAUGCAUGCAGAGCAGUCCUUGUUAUUUCAUGUAAACAAAGACACUCAACGCAGAGGAAAAUCACUAGUCUCUCCAGGCCCAAAUCCUAGACCAUGAAUGUGAAGGGGAUACUAACCCCAAUUUUCCAAGAGCAAAGGUUAUCAAAAAAUAGAAACAUACAAGGAUUUUUAUUCUUCAGUUCUUAAUUUCUCUAACAUUUUCGCUUUCAACAGAGUAUGUAGUUGCUUGUUUAGCCUCAGAGCAACAUUAACUGCCUUAGCAAGUCUAGUUAUAAUUUCAGCAAGUCUGACUGCAUUUUUGAAGUGCACAUUUAAAACUUUGCUAUUAAAAUGAAGGUAACUAUUCACAUUUUCUCAAGAUUAUUUGAAGCUCAGUCAUUAAUUUAAGGUCCAGAAACAGAAAUUUGGCUAUAUUACACCUAAAAUAGGUAUAAUAGGAAAGCUAAAAUAAAAGACAAACUAAAAUAAGAAACCAAGCACAUAUUCAGUAGGGAGUGACAGGAAGGACAGGAUAAACAGAGAACAGAAAAGUGAUCAGUUGCUUCCUGGUUAAAUCUAGAAUAACCAUUCAAUAAGAAGUAUAUUAAUUAACCUUAACCAAGGGUGGGCUGAGAACAACUCUUUCAAAUAGAUGGAUGCUUUUUAUAUUAAAUGGGGGGAAAUAGCUAUGUUAUACUUUUUAAUACCAAAUAAGAAUGCAUUUAAACUUAGAAGAGCCCCAGAAGAACUAAAAAUUUGCCUAAUCUUUCUUCAGCCACUUUAUAAGAGAGGCAGGAAUACCAGGGCAGAUUAAGAUCAAAUUGGUAUAACUUUGUAUUUUUUGAAAUCUUUCAUUAAUUGUAAAACAUAACUGAUGUGAUUAGAAACAAACUGUAUUUUAACGAAACAGGUUUCGGUAUUUGCACAAUGAAAAAGUGUUUGUAUUUCAACUAUGGAUAUUUCACAUAGCUAUCUUUAUAGACCAUCUGGAAGUGUAGAGGUCUUACAGCAUAUGAACAAAGGAAGUUUGAAUGUGCUAUUUUUCUGAGCCUCUUUUAAUAAAGAUUACAAGAUGGCAUAAAGCAAAGUUUAUUUGCUCAAGUGUUCAAUACAAUACAAAUCCAGUUAUUGUUUCUCUAUUCAAAAACUUGGGUUUUACCUCAGGACCAUAGUAAUAAGAAAGUAGUUUGAAU